UAAAACUUAAACCCUGGCGCAGUUGUUGCAAAAAGUGUGACAUCGUUUGCAUUGGCCAGGUUGUAAAGUCUCAAAAUAUGACUCCCAGAAUAGCAUGUGAAAGGGUAUGUAACUAGCCAUCCAUAAAAACACAGGGGACAGGAUACUCCCAUCUAGUCCCAUGUGAAGUGCUGCAGGUUUCACUGAAUGUUCCAUUCCAUCUGACAGUGGCUUUUAGAGAGCUUCUUUUCAGAUUUGACCUAUGUGAGUGUGGCAUGACCUUCAUGCCAUAAUGAAACAAAACAUUUCUCUGCAUCCAGCCUACAAAUAUACAGUGGCAAGCGUAUUUUCCAUGUUCUUUGGGAAUGUUCUUGGGACAUUCUUAACAAACAGUAUUCCUCAACGAGCUUUAUAGGCCCGUUGCCAAUAUGUAAAUACUGUUCAACAUCCACUUUCACCAUUUCUUCAUUUGUUCUGUAAUCUGAAUCUCAGAGUGAUCCAGCUGGGAUAACAUUUCACUAAUGAUUACACGAUCUUUCAGGCUGCUUCAUGAUGCAUGUAUGUGUAAUGGGCACCUUCAAAUCUAUAGGCGUUUUAAUUGUUGAAAUCCUGGCUGUAUUCGAUGCCAACACCAGCAUAGUUGCCUGGAUACCGGCUAUAAUGGCGGGACUGGUCUGUGUUAUCAGUCCUUUGGCAAACGGAUUAGCGGCACGUUUUGGUGGUCGUCCAGUAGUUAUGGCAGGCGGAGUGUUAUACUCCCUCGGCUAUAUUCUUGGGUUCUUCGCACAAACUGUGGAAUACCUUUUUGGGGCAUUUGCCCUCGUAUCAGGUGUUGGGUUUGCACUGUCUUACGGACCAAGCAUUGGAGUGGUUGGACAGUGGUUUGAAAAACGCCGCGCACUGGCCAAUGGAAUCGCUGUGGCUGGGUCCAGUGUGGGUCAGUUUGUAAUCCCACCUUUGGUCAGAUUUUUAAUAGACGAAUAUUCAUUCCGGGGAGCAUUCCUUAUCCUUGGUGGACUGUCUCUACACAUCACUGUAGCAGGAGCUUUGUACAGACCAAUGAAACACGUGGACAUAAAAUAUACGUCAAGUGAUACCAGUAGCCAUUCUGUUGAAAAGACCACUCAAUGCGUUAAAAAGUUAAGCGAUGAAAUGUCCGAUGAAUUAAACUGUGGCACAUACGAGAGGGGCAUGGUGUUACAACCCAUGGCGAGCACUGAACAGCAAGAUGAAACAUCCCUUCGUGUUUGUGAAAUGCGUGCAUCUCACCCUGUUGAUGACGUCAUACAUAACACGGGAAAUUAUGAGAAUAGACCGCCAUACUUGACACUUGAGCCUUGCAAGCCACUGACACAAUCAAAUUCUUCGGAAAAGAAAAAGAAAGUACCUAUAUUUGAUUUCAGUUUAUUGUUAGAUUUCACAUUUGUGCUGUUAUUUUUUACCAACGUUUUCGGUCAGUUUAGUUAUACUAAUCAAUUUAUAUUCAUGCCAGCCGCUGCUAAAAGCAUCGGGGUGGAUGUCAUGGCGUCAGCGAUGUUGGUGUCCAUCGCAGGAGGUAGCGAUCUGAUUGGUCGAAUUGUUAUUGGCGUCAUCACAGACUACCGCUUUAUGGGAAGCUGUCAGAUAAUGGGGAUAACUUUACUGGCCGGUGCUGCAGCCUCAAUCGGGGGAUCGUUUGCAACGACCUUUGCAGGUUUAAUUUGCAGCAUUCANUAA